AUGACUUGCACAAUGACCCUGUUCUUUCUCAUCGCUCUAUGCUUCAUUUCUGCACAUGCUGCAAGGUUCGACAUCACGAAUCGUUGCUCUUACCCUCUGUGGGCCGCGGCUGUGCCUGGUGGCGGCAGUAUGCUAAACUCGGGCCAGUCAUGGGCCUUGGACGUAGCCGCAGGAACCAAAGGGGCCCGCAUUUGGGCCCGAACCGGAUGCAGCUUUCACGGGUCCGGCCACGGCGGAUGCCAGACCGGUGACUGCGGUGGUGUGCUCGAGUGCACAGCAUACGGUGCGCCUCCGAACACCCUAGCGGAAUACGGGCUGAACCAGUACAACAAUUUGGACUUCUUCGACAUAUCCCUGGUGGACGGUUUCAACACAUUAACGGACAGUGUCCCUCUGAGCUCAAGACCCAAGGGGGUUGCAACAACCCUUGCACUGUCUUCAAAACCGACGAGUACUGUUGCAAUUCUGGAAGCUGUUCUGCAACUACCUUGUCGAAAUUCUUCAAGGAUAGGUGCCCCGAUGCUUAAAGUUAUCCCAAAGAUGAUGCAACCAACACCUUCACCUGCAAUGGUGGCACUAACUAUAGGGUUGUCUUUUGCCCUUGAUUAG